AUGCGGGUGCCCAAAACCACAGGCGCGAGGCCUGGCCGCCGGCUGCACCGGGACAUCGGCCUCCGGGCGGGGGAGCCCAGGGGCCCGCUGGUGAGGUGCUCUCUGGAUGAGGAGGUCGUAGACACCCGAACCAAGAAUUUUGGGGUGCGCUCAGGCAAACGCACAGUGAAGAGCACCCUGGAGGAGCACCCAAGCCCCAGAGGACUGGCCCUCUGUCAGUGUCGACCCCAGGGCCAGGCGGGCAGGCCGCGUGUGGACUGCACGUCUCUGUCCGUGCCAGCAGCCCGCUCCUCUGAGCCAGGAGGGACCUUCCUCCACAAGGGAGUUUCCCAGCUCCCCAGGGCCAGCAGUUCCGGCCACAAGAAGAACUCCCAAUCACUAGAGGCCAAGCAACGCCUGACUCUGGCCACGGGCUCCAAGCGCUGUCCUCAAGCCCGACCAGCCCCUGGGUGCCCAGGGCCCAAGAGGAAGGUCUGGAGGCCAGGCUGGCCGCGGGAAGUGGCGGGCGUCAGGCGGGAGGGCGAGUCUGGGCGGCUGAGUCAGCUUGCCCGGAAUGUUCUGGCCGCGCCCUGCCCCUACCUGCCCCCACCUCGCCCUCAGCCCCGGGUGCUGCUGGCCCCGAGCCCACCCGUGUCAGGGGUGCGCCUGCCCCCCGUUCGCCGUGUGACCCCUCGGAGCCUUGCUCCCUGUGGUUCCAAAUUUCUCCUGGGCCCUGGGCCCUGGGCCCGCAGGCUGAACAGGGGCCAGGGGAGACAGUCGGGAGAGCUGGGGGACUUCCUGGAGGAGGAGGCCCUGGUGCUGGCCCUAGCCCAGAGCCUCCCUCACACUGGCUUCUGCUCAGAGCUCGCACCCCUGGCCACCCGGGGCUGCCUCCUGGCCCAGGCAGACGCGGUACGGCAGCUGCUGCUGGGCAAAUGGGGCCACAGGCGGGGGCCCGAGGGGCCACCCCACCAGGUGACCUGCUCUGCCUGGCUAUGUCCUCCAAACCAGCAGGGCCAGGGGAUGGUGCGCCCCCCAGACCCCAGCAAUGCCCCGACUGCACCUGGCGCCACAGCUCUGCCUGGGCUCAUUCCAGACCUCGUCACCAGGAAGUCCUGGCCACGCUGGGCACUCGUUGCCGCUGCAGUGGCUGCUGGCGUCCUGAUUGUCGUCUGCCUGCUCUGUGUCAUCUGGUGCCGCUGCCACCAUCGUCACUGCAGCAAGAAGCCCAGACACACGGAGGCCGUGGACCUGGGCAGCGCCCGUGGCACCACCGCCGUCCACCUGGUGCAGCCGGAUGUGGAUAACCUAGAGUUUGGCCCGGGGGGCCCUGAGCACUGGGGGCGCCUGCUGCUGUCCCUGGAGUACGACUUCGGGAGCGAGGAGAUCAGGGUGGGCCUGAAGCAGGCCUCUGACCUGAGGGCCCCGACACCGGGCGGCACAGCCGACCCCUACGCCUGCAUCAGCAUCUCCACGCAGACCGGGCACAGGCAUGAGACCAAGGUGCACCGGGGCACGCUCAGCCCCUUGUUUGAGGAGACCUGCUGCUUCCAGGUCACGAGAGCAGAGCUGCCUCUGGCCACCCUGCGCGUGCAGGUCCUGGACUUCAGGCGCUUCUCCCAGCACGCACCGCUUGGCGAGCUGCACCUGCCGCUGGGCACCGUGGACCUGCGGCACGUCCUGGAGCUCUGGCACCAGCUGGGCCCUCCAGGCACCGCCCAGCCCGAGCAGAUGGCGGGGGAGCUGUGCUUCUCUCUGCGGUAUGUGCCCAGUUCCGGCCGGCUGACUGUGGUGGUGCUGGAGGCCCGAGGCCUGAACCCGGGGCUGGCAGAGUCCUACGUGAAGGUCCAGCUCAUGCUACGCCAGAGGAAGUGGAAGAGGAAGAGGUCAUCCAGCAGGAAGGGCACGGCCACCCCCUACUUCAACGAGGCCUUCACCUUCCACGUGCCCUUCAGCCAGAUCCAGAGUGUGGACCUGGUGCUGGCGGUCUGGACCCGAGGCCCACAGCUCCGGGCCGGGCCCGUGGGGAAGGUGCUGCUCGGCGCCCGGGCCUCCGGCCAGCUCCUGCAGCACUGGGCAGACAUGCUGGCCCACGCCCGGCGGCCCGUGGCCCAGUGGCACCACCUGCAGCCCGCCAGGGAGGUGGACCAGGCCCUGGCCCUACAGCCCCACCUGCGCUGGCCCUUGCCCCGGCCGCAACAGCAUCCCUUCGGCAAAGCCUCCUGCAUCCGCUGUCUCCUCCAUCAUCCCCAUGCCAAGAGCGGGGCCCGCGCCCCCACACAAGAGGGUGCCAAGUCACAGCGGGCCGGGGGCCGGGGCUGGGAGGGGGUGCAGGCCGGGGCCGGGCUCUGA